AGCCCCUUGGAUUUGUCCUGAUGUGGGCUUGUUUGAAGCGGUGCCACCGACCGCGUGCAGCGAGCGCUCUCUGUAAUUACCGCGGGCUCUUGAGCGCCGAGUAAUUGGGAGCAGUAAUUGGAUGGUAGCUUAAGAGCGGGAGGUUAAAUGAAACAAACAGGCUUGGAAGGGGAAUGCCAGCAGGUAAAAUGGCCAGGAAAUGGUAAAAAAAGGUAAAUCCUGUCCUGCUGCUGCUGCCCGCAGCCUGGCACUCGCCGUGCGCUCCGACAGCGAGCGCAGCGAUGCCACGACGUGCAGCCCCACGGCCUGGCUCUGCCACCCCUGCAGGACAGCACCGGGGAGGAGCCUUUAGGAAUCCCCUUCGCUUAGGAAUAAGCGCCAUCAUGACAACAGAGAAGAGCCCAGCAGCAGACGCCGAGAGUUCGGAGCAGCAGCAAGCGAAGGAGGAGGAGGAAGGAGCUGCUGAAACACCGAAGGGAGAGGCCUCUCCGGAGGAAGGGGCGCAGCAGACCGCCGAGGGGCAGAAGCAGAAGGCCUCCGGCGGCGAUACGCAGGAGGAGCCGGGCAAGAAGGAGCGCCGUGCCGCCGAGGGCCGUGGCCUCUCCCGCCUCUUCUCCUCGUUUCUCAGGAGGCCCAAGUCUCAGGUGUCCGAAGAGGACAAAGACCCCGAUGCGCCCAAAGAGGGAGGAGGUGACCAGAAAGACGCGGGGUUAGGAGCCAGCCCUGAUGAAGAGAUCCUGGUGAAGGCCCCGAUUGCAGCUCCUGAGCCUGAGCUGAAAACUGAUCCAUCGCUCGAUCUCCAUUCCUUAAGCAGUGCAGAAACACAGCCUGCACAGGAGGAGAGGAGGGAAGACCAGGAGCUGGACAGCAGAGACCUUGAGGGCCAGGAAGGAGGAGAAGCGAAGGAGGAGUGCACCAAGCCGGAGCCCAGACAGGAGACUCCAGAGACCAAAGCCGACAAGGAUUUGAAAGCUGCCCAGAGAGCUGUAAAAAGACACAGAAACAUGUACUGCAAAGUUGUCUUGCUGGAUGACACCAUUUUUGAGUGUGCUGUGGAUAAACAUGCCAAGGGGCAGGAUCUACUCAAGAAAGUCUGUGACCACCUCAAUCUCCUGGAAGAAGACUACUUUGGUUUGGCCAUAUGGGACACACCAACCUCCAGGACAUGGCUGGAUCCUGCCAAAGAAAUAAAAAAACAGGUUCAUGGAGGCCCCUGGGAUUUUACCUUCAAUGUCAAGUUUUAUCCACCAGAUCCCGCACAACUGACAGAGGAUAUAACGAGGUAUUACUUGUGUCUUCAGCUUCGACAAGACAUCGUUACGGGGCGGCUGCCUUGUUCCUUUGCGACUUUGGCUCUGCUGGGCUCGUACACAGUCCAGUCCGAGUUGGGAGACUAUGACCCUGAUCUACACAGCGCAGAUUAUAUCAGUGAAUUUAAACUGGCCCCAAACCAGACUAAAGAGCUUGAAGAGAAGGUUAUGGAACUUCAUAAAACAUACAGAUCCAUGACUCCAGCCCAAGCAGAUCUGGAAUUUCUUGAGAAUGCAAAAAAGCUGUCCAUGUACGGAGUUGACCUUCACCAAGCCAAGGACUUGGAAGGAGUGGAUAUCACUCUGGGAGUCUGUUCCAGUGGCCUUCUUGUUUACAAAGAUAAGCUGAGAAUCAACCGCUUUCCUUGGCCCAAAGUCCUGAAGAUUUCCUACAAACGCAGCAGCUUCUUUAUUAAGAUUCGGCCAGGGGAGCAAGAACAGUAUGAAAGUACAAUUGGAUUCAAGCUACCGAGUUACCGGGCAGCAAAGAAGCUGUGGAAAGUUUGUGUUGAGCAUCACACGUUUUUCAGGCUGACUUCCACCGAGGCGAUCCCCAAGAGCAGGUUCCUGGCACUGGGCUCCAAGUUCCGCUACAGCGGCCGGACGCAGGCGCAGACCAGGCAGGCGAGCGCCAUGAUCGACAGACCCGCGCCCCAGUUUGAGAGGACAGCGAGCAAGCGGGCCUCCAGGAGCCUCGAUGGAGCUAAACGUGCGACUCAAAAAGUUGAGUUCAGAGCCGUAGAGGAAGAGAAGCAGGAGGAGGUGGUGGUGGUUGAGGUUCCUGAACCAAAACCCGCGGAUCAGUUCCCAGAGAAGCCAGCCAAGCACAUGCUUGAAAAUUUUGAAAUGAAACCCAUUGCAGAGGAGGAAGAGGAGGAGGAGGAGAAGGUAGAGGUGGCUCAGGUUCCCGUUGCCAAGCCAAAGCCGCCAGAACCGUUGCAGAAGCGGUCAGCCAAAUGUGUUCUUGGCAAUGUUGAGAUAAGCCCAGUUGAAGAAGAAGAAGAAAAAUUGGUGGUGAUGAGAGAAUUAGAGCAGGUCCUGCAGGAGCCAGCAGUGGCAGUGAUAACACCCGAGAGGAGCCCCCGGCCCACCUCUGCCCCGGCCAUCGCCCAGAGCCACCUCACUGAAGCUGUCCCAGCUAAGCCCGAUGUGAAGGAAGCCAUCGCUGUGUCCAAAGCAGAAAAGGAAGCAGUGAAAGCUGAGACCAAGCGCGAAGAGAUCCCACCAGAGAGAGCCAAGGCAGAGCCAGCUGAUGCAUCCAAGGUGAGGAAAACGCACACUGAGGUCACAGUACCCACUACGAAUGGUGACCAGCCCCAGGUUUCAGCCUGCAGAAAAGAGGAAGAACUGAUAAGAAUGAGGAAGAAAAGAUCAAAGAGACUAGAUGGUGAAAACAUUUAUAUCAGGCAUAGCAAUUUAAUGUUGGAGGAUCUAGAUAAGACAGAAGAAAUAAAGAAGCACCACGCCAACAUCAGCGAGUUGAAGAAGAACUUCAUGGAGUCUGUCCCGGAGCCUCGGCCGAGUGAAUGGGACAAACGUUUGUCCACUCACUCCCCCUUCCGAACACUUAACGUCAACGGGCAGAUUCCACGGGAUGGUGAUGGGAAUAUGAGUGACUUUCUCUCCAGAGAGGAUGUGGCUGCAGUGCCAGAGAGGAAAAGUCUUAACACUGGCUUUGAAUGGGAGGGCCCAAAGCAGUCGGUAGCUUUUAGUGAGACCCAAAUGCCACCCGCCUCAGAGCCUUCUCCGAGCCGUGACUUUGGCGCUUCCUCCGUAAGCAGCGAGGAGGAGGAGGAGGAGAAGGAGGAGGAGGAGGAGGAGGCUGCCCCCAGCCUCCUCGAGGGCCAGGAGGACCCGAGCUGCGCCGAGGGGCUUUGUGCAGCCGUGGAAAAGCAGACGGCUGACUCAGAGCUGCCUGAGCUGGAGCCCGCAGCAGUCCCUGCUGCCCCUCCGCCGCAGCCCUGGGGAAGAGAGGAGGUGACAGAGGAUGGCGAAGACAAUUUUGCGGGAGAGCCGCUUAGAAAGCUAAAUGGCGAGCGGCCCGACUCGAGCAUUAAUAACGGGCUCCCGGCGGUCAUUCGCUGCUUCCAGCCACCUCUAGUGAAGACACAGACAGUCACCAUCUCCGACGUGUCCAAUGCUGCCAAAAGCGAAAUUCCAACAAAAGAAGUCCCCAUCGUUCACACGGAGACUAAGACCAUCACCUACGAAGCUGCACAGACGGAUGGUGGCAAUGGAGAUUUAGACCCUGGCAUCCUGCUCACUGCUCAAACCAUCACUUCAGAAACCACCAGCAGCACCACCACCACGCAGAUCACUAAGACUGUAAAAGGUGGCAUUUCAGAGACGCGGAUUGAAAAGAGGAUUGUCAUCACAGGAGAUGCAGAUGUAGACCAUGACCAGGUGCUAGCGCAGGCCAUAAAAGCAGCGAAGGAGCAGCACCCGGACAUGUCGGUGACCAAAGUGGUUGUGCACCAGGAGACCGAGAUUGCAGAGGAGUAGCAAGGCUGUGAAGUGUUCCUUCCAGACAACACCAGGAAAAACAAACCCAGCAAAACUACAGAAAAACUACCUGGAGCACAAAGACCUCGGAUUUACAAGACUUUACACUCAGAGAACAUUCAUAUCAUUUAUUAGGAGUUGCGCUUUGACAUUUUACUUGUGAUUUUCCAGAAUCCACUGGAUCCUCUUCGAUAUAGUUCUUUUUUAUAUAUAUAUUGUGACAAACAGUAUGCCAUAUUUCUAACUGUACUGAAUAUUUUUUACAAGUUUUCAAUUUUGCAUUCCCUCUCACGCAUAGCCUCUUCAGAUACAGGCCCAAACACAAACCGCAGGGCUCAAAGGGUUGGUUUUGUGUUCCUUUUGUUUUUAAGUCUUAUUCCCUCAGCCUUGUCAGGUAUAAUGGAGAUAAGCCACACCAACGCAUAUCCCGAGUGCAGAAUCUGUGCUCGUGUUCAUAAAGCAAUGGGUCCUUCUGCCAGAAGAGUCAGUUUAAAAGGUCGGACUUGAGUUUGUGCAGCAUUUCCACUUGCCUCUUGAUUUUUAGCUCUAGGGAGUUUGAGACUCCAGGCGGGAUACGGGGGCACCCAGAGCUUCUACCUUCACUUUGAGUUUCCUUACCUUCGGGUUUCAGACCCCGAUGUUUGAACGCAGUAGGGUUGUGUGGUGUAGCAUAUGCACACAAAUUAAUAGUUGGCUAGAUUUAAGGCAUACUGGAAGUUGCUUCGAGUAUCUUAUACUGUGAAUUCUAGAGCUUUAAGGGGACUGUGAUAGGCACCUCACCUUCUUCCUGUGCAUCUCUGCCUGUUUGUGUUUUCUAGAUGCCAUUAAAUUAAAAAGCCCUUAGAAGUGUGUGUUUAAGAUGUUUGGACUCUGAAUGCUAUUAAGGUAGGCUUAUGCAGCAUUCACAGUAACUGAUUUUUUUCAGUGUCAUAGUUUUUCACUUGUUGGUGUUAAUUUUGUUGAUUUUUAAAUGUUUUUUUUGUAAGUCAUGGGUUGGGUGUUUUUUUUUCUCCCCCUUGCCAGUGCUUAUUUAAAGCUAAACACAUUACCCAUGUAUCAGGGCAAGGAGUUAUAUCCUACUAUCAUUUAAUUUAAAAUCCUUUAGACAAUCCUUCCCUAGGCCUGCAAGCUGUAUGUGGAGAGGCUGAACAAGCAGCUGGGAGGUGUCAGGUGUUGCUGGUUGUGAUAAAGCCAAUCCAGCACACGUGGGAAGUGCUGACACCCCCUCCUGGUUUAAGGGUCUGUACUUUGGAUUUGUGGCCGCCUUGCUGGAAUGAAAUACCAGGGCUAGCAUCUGUGUCUUUGGGCUUAGCUUACAGACCACAUAUAAAAUGUCUUCUUUUUUUUU